UGUCAUGGCGACGGGUGACAUCAACAAACAUUCCGGAGCUUCAAAGUGGGAGAGGCUGGCGGGUGGCAGGCUGGCAGGCUGCAGAGUGAAGGAAAUGUUUGCUGUGUUGUGCUGAUUGUGGUGGACAGAAAAUAUUUUAGCAUUCCAACAAUCACGUGAAGGGGGAACAAGAAGAACACAUGGUUGGAAUGCUUUAGAUUCAUUAUACCAAGAAUUGAGGAGACAGAUGAAGUAUGACUUUGACAGAUUCGAUAAAGUGAGAUAAAAAUCAGACGUAACAAAUAUUGAUAGACAAAAGAGAUAAGCACCCGAAUUGCAUCAAGAAAUUUCCCUUACAAUUAAUGACAAAAUCAGGACCAACUGUACAUAUAUAUAUAUAUAUACCUUGUUUGGUCACACUGUUAAAAUCUAGUUAAACAAAAUAGUUGAAACCCUCUACGCCACGAAAAUAAUAUACAUUCGAUAACUUGUGAGCUCGUUCGUAACCUGCCCUUCUUUAAUAAUGACAUACAAUGAACUGACGAGUGUGUGAAAGGGCUGACUUAAAGUUCCCGCUAGUUGAACGAAGCACGGUGUUGACUGGACGAGGCGCUUCAUUAACUUCAUAAUCAUAACUCAUAAAGUCUCACGUGUAAAGGACGGCGAGGAACACAGACGGAGCGAUGGACCCGUUGUUCCUGGCCCUCAGCUGCUUCAGGAGGAGGAAGUUUGAUCGCUGUAUAAAGAUAUGCACAGAGCUACUAAGCAAGAAUCCAUACGACCAGGCAGUGUGGAGCCUCAAGACACGGGCACUGACAGAGCAGGUAUGGGUGGAUGAGUGUGACGGGGAGGAGGAGGGCCUGGCUGAUGUACUGAUGGAUGACAACACUAUAGCCUCAGUAGCCCGGCCUGGCACCUCCCUCCGCACUGCCCCACCCUCCUCAGCAGGCGGACCCUCACAGACCUUCAGGCCGUCCACACAGUCCGGUCGCCCCCUGAGUGGUGUGGUGCGGCCAGGGUCCCAGGGAGGACGGCCAGGCACCAUGGACCAGGCUUUGCGUACCCCUCGCACUGCCCAGACUGCUCGCCCAGUCUCGGCCACUUCAGGACGACACGUCAGGUUGGGCACGGCCUCCAUGGUGCAGGUUGGGGAGGGACCUUUCAUCAACUUGGCACGCCUCAAUGUUGCCAAGUACGCAGCACAGCAGAACAUUGCCAAGGCACUCUUUGAAUACAUCUACUUCCACGAGAAUGACGUUAGACAUGCGCUGGACUUGGCAGCUCAGGCAACACAGGUGUUGGAGUUCAAGGACUGGUGGUGGAAGGUGCAGCUGGGCCGCUGCUACUACAGGCUGGGCUUGUUCCGGGAUGCUGAGAAGCAGUUCAAGUCAGCACUGAAGCAACAGGACAACAUCAACACCUACCUGCUGCUAGGCCGAGUGUACAUCCGCCUGGACCAGCCGGUGGGUGCCCUGGAGGUGUACCGAGAGGGACUGGAUAAGUUUCCCGGUGAGGUGACGCUGCUCACGGCCAUGGCAAGGAUACACGAGGGCCUGCACGACCUGCCCAAGGCCGUCAAGUAUUACCGAGACGUCCUGAACUAUGACGCCACACACGUGGAGGCCAUCGCCUGCACCGCCACCACUCACUUCUACAGCGACCAGCCUGAGGUGGCACUCCGCUUCUACAGACGACUGCUUCAGAUGGGCAUCUAUAACUGUGAGAUAUUCAACAACCUUGGUCUGUGCUGCUUCUAUGCCCAGCAGUACGACAUGACUCUCACCUGCUUUGAGCGAGCACUCAGCCUGGCCACAGACAAGAGCAUUGCUGACGUGUGGUACAAUCUGGGCCACGUUGCCUUGGGUAUUGGGGACAUCAAUCUGGCGUACCAGUGCUUCCGGCUGGCCCUGGUGUCAGACAACGACCACGGAGAGUCCUACAACAACCUGGGCGUCCUGGAGUACCGGCGAGGCAACCUGGAGACGGCCCGGGCCUUCUUCAUGACUGCUGCCAACCUGUCCCCACACAUGUUCCAGCCACACUACAACCAUGCCAAGCUGGCUCACAAGGUUGGAGACUUGCAGACAAGUUUCAUCAUUGUCCAGAAAGCUUUGGCACUUUUCCCAGAGCAUGUUGACUCAAAAGAGCUCCUCAAAACUCUGGAGAUGCACUUCCAUACAUUAUAAAAUAUAUUAAGGUGAGUUGUGUUCUGUGAUCUCAAGUUAAUGUAGUAAAGAUGUAUCUGUAUGGUGUUAGUAAAGUAUUUAGGUAACAUUUGGUGCUUU